AUGAAUAUCAUCGUGUGCACUCCCGGUAGACUACUGCAACACAUGGACGAGAACAGUACAUUCUCAUGCGAUCACAUUCAAAUUCUCGUGAUCGACGAAGCUGAUCGAAUCCUGGAUCUUGGCUUCUCAAAGCAGAUGAAUGCUAUAUUGGAGAAUUUGCCACUGGAGCGUCAGACACUGUUGUUCUCAGCUACACAGACCAAAAAUGUCAACGACUUGGUACGGCUGGCAAUGAAAAAUCCCAUUUAUGUGUCUGUGCAUGAGAACGCACCACAGGCAACACCCGAUUCACUGCAACAAGUAUCAUUUUUAUUAUUUUUUUUUUAUUUUGGAAUAACACUGACCAGCGAAAAUCCACCGACAUGA